CUUCUUAGCUAAAAUCCCACAGUAGCUCCUUUUAAAGAUUCAUGGCGUUCAGAGCGGGGGCUCGGUUCCUCUCAGACGUCGUCUCCAGACGAGUCGCAACAUGUGCUCGACAGGAAAGUGCGUCACGGAUGCUCAGAGCGGGAAGUGCCUCCCGCAUCAGAGGUGGGAGGAAUGGAUUUAUCUUCACUCCUGCUUGUUUUAUUACAUCAGAGGCGUUUCUCAACCGCCUGAUGAAAGGCAGAGCAGCAGAAACAGCAACUGCCGACAGCAGCUUUAAUCGCCUCCCAGCCUCAGUUCCACCCAACAGCGGUGAACAACUGUCUUUGUUACUGAGACAUCCAGAUCAACCUGACAACUCAAAAAUCUUGAAAGUGGCAAUAAUAGGUUCCCCAAAUGCUGGCAAGUCCACAUUGUCCAACCAGCUCCUUGGCAGAAAGGUUUUUGCUGUGUCCAAGAAAGUUCACACGACACGAUCUCGGGCCCUCGGCGUCUUUACAGAGGAUGAUACACAAAUAAUUUUACUGGACACACCUGGCCUCACCACUGCAUCAAAGGUUAAAAGACAUCAGCUGGAAAAGUCUUUACUCGUAGAUCCCUGGAACACGGCCAAAGAAGCUGAUCUAAUGGUCAUCAUGGUGGAUGUGUCGGACAGAUGGAUGUGCAGCAGGCUCGACUUUGAGGUGCUCAAAUGUCUGGCCCAGCACCCAGACAUCCCAGCAAUACUGGUCCUUAAUAAGGUGGACCGGAUGAAGGUUAAAGACAGGCUGCUGGAUAUCACAGCGGCGCUAACAUGUGGAGUGGUAAAUGGACGUAAAAUAAAGGUUAGACCAGUGAUCAAGCCUCCGUGGGCAGAGAAGAGGACAAAUAAGGAUAUGUCACUUGAUGAAGACAAAGCAGGAGACGAAGACGACACUGAGCCGAACUCUGUGCUGGGCAAAGAGCAGCUAAAGGCGCUGAGGAUUCAGCAGGGCUGGCCUCACUUUAAGGAUGUCUUCAUGCUCUCCUCUGUGGACAAAGAGGAUGUGGAGACACUAAAGGACUACUUUAUGAGUGUGGCCAAGCCAGGCUUGUGGCAGUACCACAGUGAGGUUCUGACUGAUCAGAGUCCUGAGGAAGUUUGCAACAACAUCAUUAGAGAGAAGCUUCUGGAGUAUCUUCCCCAGGAAGUGCCGUAUUCAGUGACACAGGCUAUUGAAUUGUGGUCCGAGAGAGAAGGUGGUGAGCUUGAUAUUUCUGUGAAACUUUAUGCCAAGAAGGACAGUCAUAUGAAAAUGGUGAUUGGCUCAUCUGGCCAGAUGGUAGCACGGAUCGCCCAAGAGGCAAGCGAGGACCUGAGCCGAGUCUACCUGAGGGAAGUCAGACUGAAGCUUUCUGUCAAGUUGAGGAAUUAAAUCUCUUCUCUCGAGGAGACGGAGAGACUUCCUGAUGCAUUUGACUUUCAAAGACUUGAACAAUUUGAAUCGUGGGUCUGACACUUUGCUAUUAUGGCGAUGUACUCUAUCCAUAAAUGGAGGUUCCCACUGAGCUUUUCCUUUCAGGAAAAAAAAUGCAUUUAUUCAAGAUGAUAAUGAUUUGUUAUGUGGCAGCAUGAUGAUAUGAGUAGAAGGGAUAUUACUUGAGCUUCAUGUCUUCAAGUCUAAAAAACAUUUCCCACUAACGUUUUGGUCAAUGAGCGACUAACUUCCCGCAUAGACCCUUGGUCUAACUGCACGGACGAUCAUCCACGCUUCAUUGAUCGAACCCUAGACUUUUUCUUCUACAUCCAGGAGAAUUAUGUUUCCUUGCAUAUCUUAGUGAGAAACUGUUUGACUGUGUGUUUACGGCUGGACAGGUUUGGCGAGCUGUGAAAAGGCCGAUGGUUUAUCUUUACCUCUCAGAGCUUUUAACUUGGUGGGCGCAAACACAUCCUGUAGAUAAACCGAAGUGAGACCUGCUCAGUCAUGUUCACUCAGAUGUCCCCAGUGCACCCUGCACUCCCCGCAUCACUUUAGCCUUUGAAGUGUGGCCAUCCAUCCCUGCGAAUAUCCCUUUUUGUUGGGCUGCUUUCUUCCUCUCGCCCCCCCCCCCCCCCCCCCCCACCCUGCUCUCUCCCCGCCUGCUUCUUUGGCUCUCACAAAGCCCAUCUCUGCCCCCGAGGGCUGAAUUUUCUCCCUAAUGGAUGGCAAAAUGGAGCACUAACCUGAUGCUAAAAUGGGUCAUAUAAUGGUGAUUAGAUUCAUUCCUGCUGCCUGUGAGUUAGCACGACGGUUACUCUAUCCGAGACAUCUUGAUGAAUAACCAGCCAGUGGCCUAAAGCAAGGGCGAUGAGGGAGCGAGAGGGGGGCGAGGCCUUGAACGUCUCGCGGAAGGCGCGUCGAGCCCUGAAGCUCUCUUUGCCGCGGCUGCUUCCUAGCGAUUAGACGAGCGGCUUGUGCCGCGAGAGAUCAGCACUUAGACAAGCCAACCGCUGUCGAAUAACAUUACAGCUGAUGCUGGUGUGGAUCCUUUAGACACAACGGUGACUCUAAACCAGCUUCUAAAUGACUUUUUACAAAAUAACCACAGACAGAUUUUCUUUCCUUUUGAAGCCACCAGCUUUAUUUCACACGCACACACUUCACAGCGAGUAACACAUUGACAGCUACGCGUCCUUUUGCUGGUGCUGCUGGUCCAGAUGCCACUGAGCGAAGGCCGAAGAACCCUUACCAUUACUAAAACUCAGUAAUGGUAACGGUUUGACGGCCCUCCUCUGUUGAGUGUGCAGCCUGCAGUCACUUGGGCCUGAGCGCGUGCUGAUAGCGCCGGAGGUGGAAUGAAACCCUGGAUAGUACAUCAUCUAUACUGUAGUGUCUCUUUAAUGAACUUACAAUAUAAGAUGAUAUCCUAUCCAGGGCACAAGACUUAACCGUUGACAGCCACUUGGAAUUGUGUUGGUGAAUCUGCAAGACAAAAGUAAUAAAGACAUAUCAAUAAAGAAUAAAGAAUAAAUGCUUAACGUG